AUGCGCCUCACAGCUCUUGCAGUCUCAUUGGCUCUCCUAGCCGCAUCGUUGUCGCUGGCUUCGCCCACUCUUCCUCUGCACGCAAGGGAAGUGGUGACGGUAACUCGAACGGUCGCCGGGCCUGCAGCGACAUCCUACGACUGGGCCAGCGGCGCCACUCCAGACUUUCCCAUCCAUCCCUCUUGCAAUGCGACCGAACGAGCUCAGCUAGAGCGAGCCUUUGCGGAAACGAUCAAGCUAGCGCAGCACGCCAAGGAGCACAUCCUUCACUUCGGCAACAGCUCCUCGUUCUACACAAAGUACUUCGGCAACGCCCCGACCGCGGAGCCGAUCGGAUGGUUCGACAAGGUCGUCAGUGCGGACCGCGGCGGGAUGUGGUUCAGGUGUGAUAAUCCGGAUGGAAACUGUGAACAGGAAGGCUGGGGUGGUCACUGGCGUGGCGAGAAUGCGACUCUCGAGACCGUGAUCUGUCCGCUGUCAUAUUCGACUCGUUGGUCUCUCGAGGCGAUGUGCGGAAACGGCUACACAGUUGCAGGAGGAGCGACGAACGCUUACUGGGCCUCCGACAUCAUGCACCGCCUCUUUCACGUGUACAACAUCGGCGAAGGAACCAUUGAGCACUAUGCCGAUGAUUACGCGGCGUGUCUCGCAUUGGCUACCUCGAACCCCGAGGAGGCUGUACGUAACAGUGAUACGCUGCAGUACUUCGCGCUCGACGUCUACGCAUGGGAUGUCGCCCUUCCUGGAGAGGGCUGCACGGGCAAGGCGCCAGAGGAGAGUAGUUCCGCAGCAGCAACCACGUCGGCAACCUCUUUAGCUUCUUCAUCGGCGGUUGCGACAUCCAGCAGUGUGUCUGCGGAGGAUGCUAAUAUCACGGCCUCACCAACGCUGGCCGAGGUGCAGACGACAACAUCAGGCGCACCCGCCGUAAGUUAA